CCUCCAAGAAAGAAACUCGAAAAGAAAACUCCCGAACAAAAAAAAGAAAAAAGAAAGAGCACACGCGAUUUCGCAAAAGGGCAAACAGAGGGGAAGAGAGGAGAGGAGCGUGCGACGGCACGCAGGCGCAUCUCGUCUCCCGCCGCCUCUACUUGUCUUCGCCAUCGCCACCACCCCAAGGCUCGGUACGAUUCGGCUGCGUGCCCGCGAGUCGGCACUGCACCGCGGCGCGCAGGCGGACCGUGCUGGGGUUUUGGUGGGGGAGUAGGGGAGGGGCGUCCUAUGCUCUUCGGCGGCUUGAUCCUGUGAAGGCGGCGGCGGCGGCGGCAGCAGGCUUUCCCGAUGCAACGGCUACUGGGGGUCGGCGAGAGGCUAUUGGCAGUCGGAACAAAUAGGCGGGCAGCCACUUAUUCCCAUCCGAGCCACAGAAGUGGGUACUACACAGCAGCGAGGGACAAUGGCUUGUCAACAAGGCGUAAGAUUCCAGCCAUCUUCUCUAGAAUGUUCUCACAUUACAAAGUCAAUAUCCGAAAGAACAGAGCUGAGGAUCACAAGUAUAGAACCAAGAUGUCAAGAGGCUACCACUCACUCUCUGUGCCAGUGGCAAAUUCAUCCGCAACCCAGCAAGCGCAAUUGGCAUGGAAGCAGCUCAGUCGUAUGUAUGCAUAUAGAGGUCCACGGUUCCCACUGCUGAGCCGAGCAGCUUGUGCUGUAAGCCUGUCCUUUACGAGGUUCCAUAUCAUCCCUGGGGUCAUGGCUCUAGCUUUUGGCAAGAUGGCACUUGCGCCUCCUGUCCUGGCAGACUCACAACCCUUCAUGCCAAGAAUGGAUGGCAUCAUCACAAAGGCACAAGAUACUCGCCAGUUUAUGUCAUCUCUUGUUUGGUCAAUCUGGGAGGGCAUCACUUUGCUUGUUAGAGCUGUGCAUUUGGCAUUCCUAUUCUUCCCUGCAACUGCAUUAGCUCCAUUUGCUGACAAGUUCAGUGUUGCAUUCAGAAGAAGGUGGCUUAGACUUACGCGCCGGACCCUUGAAAAGGCUGGGCCAGCAUUCAUUAAGUGGGGCCAGUGGGCUGCAACACGCCCUGAUCUUUUUCCAAGUGAUCUCUGUGUUGAGCUUGCAAAGCUUCACAGUGCGGCUCCAGCACAUGGCUUUGCUUACAGCAAGGCUGCCAUUGAGAAGGCAUUUGGUCGUGAGCUUUCUGAAAUAUUCGAGUCCUUUGAGGAGAACCCUGUAGCUUCUGGAAGCAUUGCACAAAUACAUCGGGCCACACUGAAACAUCAACAUCCUGGAAAGCAUGUUGCAGUUAAGGUGAGGCAUCCUAAUGUUGGAGAAUCAAUCAAGAGAGACUUUCUACUCAUCAACCUUGUGGCAAAGGCUUCUAAUAUUGUCCCUGGAUUAAGCUGGCUGAGGCUGGAUGAGAGUGUUCGCCAGUUCGCAGUAUUCAUGAUGUCUCAAGUUGACCUUUCUAGGGAAGCUGCUCAUUUGAGUCGUUUUAUCUACAACUUCCGCAGAUGGAGACAUGUGUCUUUUCCAAAGCCCUUAUAUCCAUUUGUGCAUCCAUCUGUUCUAGUUGAGACUUUUGAGAAUGGAGAAAGUGUUUCUCGUUUUAUGGAUGAAAUCAAUGGGAAUGCUCGAAUGAAGAAAGACCUUGCACACAUUGGGACAUAUGCUUUCCUGAAGAUGCUUCUGGAGGACAAUUUUAUUCAUGCGGACAUGCACCCUGGGAACAUUCUUGUCCGUUUAAAUGAGAGCAAGCUUGCAAGGAGACGAUUUUUCAGAGCUAAGCCCCAUAUUGUGUUUCUUGACGUCGGCAUGACUGCUGAGCUCACACGAUCUGACCGGGAUAACUUACAACAGUUCUUCAAGGCGGUGGCUACUAGAGAUGGUCGUACUGCUGCUAAGUGUACCCUUCAGUUAUCAAAGAAUCAGAGCUGUCCAAAUCCAGUCGCCUUCACUGAGGAGCUGGACAAGAUGUUUACAUUUUGGGGAACGCCUGAAGGGGAUGUUUUUCAUCCUGUUGAAUGCAUGCAUGAAUUGCUUGAUACAGUUCGCCGCCACAAAGUCAACAUUGAUGGCAACAUCUGUACUGUAAUGGUUACCAUUUUGGUCAUUGAGGGGUGGCAACGCAAACUGGACCCAGGCUUUGAUAUCAUGCACACGUUGAAGACUUUACUGAUAGAGAAGGACGUAAAGCAACCAAUUGAUUUUUUCUCAUAAGCAAAAGAUGUCAGAUCGUUCUCAUGUAUAGAAAGAAACAAUGGAAGAUGAUGCCCUACCGAUCAGAAGGCGAAACAUUUAAUCUAACUUGAAGCAACCUGGCAUUAGUUGAGCAAAUAUACUAUGCACUAUGUUCUCUCUCCUUUCUUGAUAGUAUUAGUAGCAGAAACUGUCCGCAUUAGGUUUCAUUUUUUACAACCUUCAGUAUGAAAAUUUGUCCACCCAGGCGGAUCCAGCCAUGGAUUUGUCUAAAAUUCUUCUGAAGUUUCUGUCCACAAACUCUUAUGGAAGAGAGCAAACAAUUGUAGAACAGAGUAGUCAUUGAGGCCGAGUUGAACUACAUUGCAUAGCACACAUAAGUUUGGUUCCAGACUAUUUGUACCGGCGACCAUGCCAUCUAAUGUAAAUUUUGGGAUUCGGAAGAAAAUCGGUAAAAGUUCGGUUGCCAGUUUUGAGUAGAA